AUGCCACGUAGUAAAGGAAAGGGAGGAAAAAGAAGUGGAGCUAGAAAAGGAGGAAAUGUUGGAGGAAUUCACGAAUUAGUUUUUAAAGAAGAAGGACAAGAGUAUGGUCAAGUCACACGUAUGUUAGGAAAUGGAAGACUUGAAGCCUAUUGUUUUGAUGGAAAAACAAGACAAUGUCAUAUUCGAGGACAAAUGCAACGAAAAGUAUGGAUUAAUGUUAAUGAUGUUAUUUUAGUAUCAUUAAGAGAAUAUGAAGAUGGAAAAGCAGAUGUUAUUAAGAAAUAUAAUUCAGAUGAAAUUAUUCAAUUAAAAAAAUAUAAAGAAAUUCCAGAUAGAUUACCUGCUGAAGAUGUUGAAGAGAAAAAAGAUGUUGGAAUUAAAUUUGGAGUUGGAGAUGAUAUUUCUGAUGAUGAAAUAAAUGAAGAAGAUAGUUAUGAAGGAGAAGAGGAAGAAGAAGAAGAGGAUAGUUAUGAAGUUCCAGCCCAAAACAGAGUGUAUACUUUGGAUGAUCUUUAA